AUCAUGCACUUAUCCUCGGAAUCUUCUUAUUUAACGUUCUCGAUUUCCUUCCCAAAAUUCAGUGACUCAAACUCUUGUAGAUGUAUGCAUGAGAGGAUUACGAUCAAAAUCAAAUCCAGAAUCCGACUUAUUCUGGAAACUGGAGAACCCGCAGAGAUGGCCGCUAAUUCAGGAAUCAAGGCAAUUAUCGUCUUGGCGUGUUUCGCUAUGUUGAUGGCGUUUGCUUUAGCGCACGAGGCUCAUCAUCACCACCACAAGCCAGCUCCUACACCCAGCCCUACACCGUCACCAGUCCCGGCUCCGGCUCCCGGCGCACCGACCUCUUUUGGCACCGCCAUGUCGCCCUCCGUGCUGGUUGGACUCUUUAGUUUCAUCGCCGUUGCUUUUGGUGUGAGAGACAGGGUCUGAUCCGGUGAUUGAUUACCUUAAGUUCCUCGAUCGGUUUUAUGAUAUGAUUAGUUUUUAUUAUUUGUUAGUUAAAUGUUUAUGAAAAAUACAUUAUUAUUAUUAUUAUUAUUAUCUACUGUUUUAGCUUUCAAUAAUUUGUGUAAUGUAUGUGUUUAACUAAUUCACUUUAGAUAGAAUUGAGAGC